CGCGCUCCCGCUCCUGUGCUGCCUGGGGCGGGCGGCCCUGCACGCAUCCCCGCAGACGGCUGCCUUGCGUCGAGCCCUGCAGCUCCUGUCCCGGGCGUCCUGGCCCCAGGGUGGCUCGAUACCGUUCCGGAGAGCUGUGGGGACUGAACAUCCAUCCCCGAGCGGGACCGCCUUGCGCCCAACCCCGCUGCACCCAUCCCGGGGAGCUGCCUUGCGCCGGGAGGGUGGCUAGCACCCAUCCCGGUGGAAGUGGGCUGCCGCGCGCUCGUCUCCGGGGUCAGCUCCUACCCCGGCGUGCGGGGGCUGGAGCGCCCAGCCCCGCUAUCCCCAGCGUGCGGCGGCCCGGGGCCGCCGCUUCUUCCAACGCCGCUGACCGGCUCCUGGCUCCCGCCUCGUUUUAUGGUCGUGGAGAGGGAGGAAAAAUCCCAAACCAGCUGCGUAAAUGAGUAUGGAAGAUUAUGAUUUCCUCUUCAAAAUUGUUUUAAUCGGCAACGCCGGGGUGGGGAAGACCUGCUUAGUCCGUCGCUUCACUCAGGGGCUUUUCCCACCAGGGCAAGGAGCCACGAUUGGGGUUGACUUUAUGAUUAAAACUGUGGAGAUAAACGGUGAAAAAGUAAAGCUGCAGAUCUGGGACACGGCAGGCCAGGAGCGGUUCCGAUCCAUCACGCAGAGCUACUAUCGCAGCGCCAACGCGCUGAUCCUCACCUAUGACAUCACCUGCGAGGAGUCCUUCCGGUGCCUGCCCGAGUGGCUGCGGGAGAUCGAGCAGUACGCCAGCAACAAGGUCAUCACCGUGCUCGUGGGUAAUAAGAUUGAUUUAGCUGAUAAGAGGGAAGUCUCCCAGCAAAGAGCUGCAGAGUUUUCUGAAGCACAGGACAUGUACUAUCUGGAAACAUCAGCAAAAGAAUCGGAUAAUGUGGAGAAACUCUUCCUGGACUUGGCCUGCCGGUUGAUCAGUGAGGCCCGACAGAAUACCCUUGUGAACAAUGUCUCAUCCCCCUUACCAGGAGAGGGGAAAAGUAUCAGCUACUUGACUUGCUGUAAUUUUAAUUAAAGAGCUGACAUGUGAUUGCCCCUUCUGCCAUGGGCCAAGUGGAUUUUUCUUUUGUAUGCUGGGAUUUAUCUACUUGAAGGAAUUCCUGCCAAUCUGACCCAUCUGGCUUACUCAGAGUCAGGUUACAGUCCUGGAAACAUGGCAGGCUGAUGGCUCCAGCUGCAUGGCAAUGUAGCAGAAUACAACAGGGUUUAAAUUUCAUUUUUUCUUGCAGUCUGUGGAGCAAGUCAGGAAAGGAAGAGUUGCACAAGUGCUUCAUGUAAUGCAGAACAUGAGCUGUUUUGUUUCCUUCUGUGGGAGAGUAGACCAGCCUUUCUUGAAGAUACUGAAGAGAUCGAAAUCUCUCUUACAGAACAAUGUGUCUGAUCCUUUUUAAAGUAAAACAAAGUAAGAAGUGCAACAAUGAAUGCUGACUUUGGACUACUCUGGCAAUCUAGGCUGUCAGUGAGUGAGCUCAGAGGACAUGUACAUAACGUCUGACCCUGCGUCUUCAUGGAGGACUCUGGUGUUUGAAAUAGUGUUAUGUCUCUCAUCUACAGGCACUUUCAUGAAUGUGGAAUAAAUGAAAAAGUUACAUAUAGCAACAUUUUCAAGAUUGAAGAAGACAUGGAUAUGACCCAGUUGCUCCCUUUGGUGCUAGCAGUUCAACAAAUAUUCCAUAGGCCAAAUGUAGUCUUACCACAUUACUGUCUUCUUUCUGAAUGUGUAACUUAGACUGGCUAGGAAAAAACACUAAUAAGCACUGUUCAUAGAAAUAAAAAAGUCUCAUUACCUCUUUUUCUAGGCCUGAACAUAGUGGGAAAGGACUGUGUGCUUCUUUGAUAUCCAGCAAAGGAUGAAAAGACUUUCCAGAAAUAAAAAUAAAUAAAUAAAUUAACCAUUCCUCUAAUUAGUCAUGUCCUGAUGUAAAAUGUUAGCCUUGGGAAAGAUUAUUGGUGGACUUGGCAAAAGUGCACCAGACAUGACCAAGGGCUUGUGCAUGCAUGGAUGGCGUAUAAGGGUUCACAGGAAGCGCAGUCUGGGCUGGCAGGCUGCAAUGUGUUCAGCUGAAAAACAAAGCUCUUGUUGGAAGGCAGGAGUACAAAUCUGUUGUAGGGGGUUUGUUUGAUGGUAAGUGGGAAUAGCAAUGGGUUGCAAGUGGCGUCCUUCCAUGUCUGCCCCAUCCAGCUCUCACCUUGUGGAACUGCUUUCAGAGAUGCUCUUGAUGCUCUCUUCUUGGCAUCCGGUCCCUCUGCUAGGGUAGCUUUUAGGUUCAGGGCUGUAGAGUAAUUUUAUUUACCUGAUGCUUUGUACCCUUAAUCCCAAACUCUGGUAUGUGUAGCUGUUUACAGAACCACCAAAGUGGAAGCACCCCAGAGUUUGUGAUGUUACUCCACCUCUAGUGCCAUACAAUGCAUUGCAAAUUUACACGUUGGCAUGGGAGCGAAAGAAGAUAGUGAAUGCGCACAUAAAUGAUUAUAUUGAGGAGUUUGAGUUCAGUUUAGCUAAUCUGGAUAAAUAUCUCCUGGCGAUUCCAUGGCUGUGAUAUGCUGCAGUUUAGAGUUAAUCAAUUUAAUAUUAUUGGGCUUGUACUGAAGAUUAUAACAGAGCUUUUGUAUUGACAUAAAAAGCUGCCAGUAAGUACUUCUUUGAAAAAAAAAUAGCAAUUAAAAAAAAAAAGAGGCAUUUUGAAAUUUUUUUUUUGCUUCCUGAAAAGAUUUUCUUUGGGCUGUAUAAUGUUGUGCCUUUGAUAUGUAACGGGGAGUAGACUCUGUGUCAGAGAGAGGGGGGAUUGGUUUGUCAUAUGGCCAUUUUUAAUAUUUUCUUGCUAUUUUUAGUAAUUUUUAUGACUAGUGGUAAAAGGAAGAUGUAGAAGUUGUGGUAUGAAGCUGCUUUGUCAUUUAGGUAACAUUUAGCAAAGAGCUUCUGUAAGAGAUGUUGGGGAACACGUCAUCUGCUGCUCUGCUCUGGUCCAUUUCAGUCUCUGCUCAUGUUGUAAUCCGAAGGAUUUGGAAAUGUGUGGGACUUGGUGGCUUCUGCUGUGUCUUUCUUCUUGAGCAUGCCCCAAAUUGCCAAAUACAGCUUCAUUUGAGCUUGUGAAGAGCACCCAACUCCAAGACAGCUGAUUCUGCACAGCUCUUAGGUGGUUCUUUAGAGCAGGGCUCAGGGUGUUCUGUGGCAGGUAACACUCAAGUUAAAAAUCAGCACCAUGUGUAUUUAAUCUGUAGUAGCUCUUACUCUCUGAAGCUGGACCUGACAGCAUAUAAUUGGUAACAAAUAGGGCAGAGCUCUUUGGUCAGCUUAAUCAAGGAAGAAGGAGACUGCCCAGUAAAACACCCGUGGGUUACUGAGCCUGGUUUCCAAAAAGAUCAAAGCUGGGCAGGUACUCUUCAUCCCUGCCAAGCUGCUCUAUAAAUGCAUUUUAAAGUGCUCCUUGCAUCACUUCUGGAAUUGGAACAUGACUGAACAAACUGAGAUGGUCAAAUAGCAGAAACAGCUAACUUUAUUUUCUUGGAUAUUUACUUUGAGAUUUCUAGAAGCCUAAAUCUUUUCCCAGUGCUUUCCUAAUCUCUAGGUGACUAUUUUGGAGACUAGCUGCCUACUGGCAACCUCAAAGCACUGGUUCUUCUUAUUGCUAGUGAAUCUUUGUGUAAGGACUCCAUCUCCAGACAGUGAUGUGCUUUUGUGGCAGGGUGGAGUACUGCGGUUGGGCUGAUGUUCAAGUGAACGACCUGACUUCUCCAGUCAAAUUUGAACUGAUUCCUGUUAGUGUUUAUUCUGUGUGGACUUAAAAAGCUGAAAGGAAACAAUGGUGGUAUGUGCAACACUUUUUACAAGGUCAUAAACCAAAGCUGUAGUUUGAGACUCACCUCUCUUUCUGCUGUUUGCAAACACACCUCUUGUUGAAGAAGUGGUGUUUUAUUGGAGUAACUCCUUUACUGGAGUUAUUUUUGCACACCUCUGAAUAUCUCUGUAGUGCAUACAGCCAAACUUUCCUUGUAGCACUGAGGGCUUCUCCUCUACAGUCUGAUCCACUGCUAAAGGCUGCACAACUGGAAGAGGAACUUUAUCAACUGCAGAGUCUUGAAAAAUAAAAAAUCCCAAUUAUGUGAUAAUCAGCUCUCCAACUAAACACCUUGGUAGAUUUUUUGUGAGAACUGUCAGUAAAAGCCUUGUGACGCUUGCUGGGUGAAAUAUCCAAAACCCAUGCAGAAUUGAUAUAAUGGGGCCAAAUUUGGCUUGGAAUGUUCUCUACUAUCACAAGAGCCAAGCUUUUAGUGUGGUUGCUGUGCUUUGAGGGUGAUAUAUUCACAGCCAUGGAGUAACCUUAUUUCUGGCUGAAUGUUAUUUUUUUAGUAGUCCUGUAAUGAGACCCUUUUGUGACAUAUUUAGCACUAUGGUUAUGUCCAAGCAGAAGCCAAUACUGGAAGAUCAACAAAUAUUUGCUUAAUCCAGUUAGCCUGUUUGCAGAGAUUGAGAGAAGCAUCUCUGAAAACCAGAUGGUCUAAGCUCUGAUUUCCAGUGGGAGCCACUGAUUCAGUCAGCCUGAUCUUGAAACCAAACAUUCAGUGCUUCAGAUCACUGGGUGUGAAGUACUUGCUGUGAAGUUUCACGCUGGGUGUUGACACAGUUUGCUGGGACAAGCCAUGACUCCCUUCAGUCCAUAUUUGUGUUCCCCCGUGAAAGUGCUAGGGGAUGAAAAACCCAAAUAAAAAAACCAAACCAACCCUUCGGGUCAAAGAAAUAAGAUGGAAAAAGUGAAAUUAUGUGCUCUGUAAAGAAAGGGAAUGUACUGAGUGCCUCUUCCUGCCUCAAACCCUGAAGCCUUGAUUUGACCUCCAGGUAAGCUUCUUUGAGCAUGCAGAUACGUGUUUGUGCUGAAUGAUAAAUGGCUCUGUGAUCAUUAUUUAAUGAAAAGCACACGUGACAAAUUGUCAGGCAAGAUACUUUGUUCUUUGCUGUAGAACACAUGAAACAGCCCUUAAGAUCUGUCAGCCUGCUGGUGCUGUUUGUGUUUUUUUGGAGAUGGCUGUAUUGGUAACACUUGGCUCCUGUUAGUCUAGGUUUAGCAGUUAAUGGCUAUUGAAUUCCUUCAGCAUCAGUAAUAACAGCAGCAGACUGGGGCUGACACAGGAGACAGUGAUUUGAAAAGAGGGAAAGUCGAGGUUAGUGAUGCAGAAGCACGGUGGGUGCAUGCACAUGGGACAGCAGGCUUCCCAGAGCUUUUGCUAACAAGGGAUGCAAUUAGUUAGAGUCAAAUCCACUGGAUUUUGCCUUGUUUGUUAUCCCUAAGGACUGCUGUUUGUUCAGCUGCCUUACUACUUGUCUUCUCUUCAGUGUGAAGGACUGUCUGUAAGUCAGGCUGAAAUGUUGAGCUGGCAUGAUUCCUGCACUCAGAGACUGAAGUCAGUUGGAAAAUAGGUGAAAUUCUCCAGCUAUUGAAGCAGGCUGAGCAAACACACAGGAUAUGCUGUCCUUUGGGACCUGUGGUGCCAUCAGGGUCAGAUACGGUUGGAGCCACUAUCACAGAAACCCUCUCCUGGCUGUGGGGCAGAAUGAAUGCUACAGCCAUUUCUGCACUGGAAAGAUGACCCUCUGGAGUAGAAAAUGCAAGUAAAGAGAUGGUUCCACGUGCUCAGGAUUUUCUCUGUCCCAUCCUCUUUUGAAAUUGCAACUAUGGAUUCAGUUUUGAUCACUUUGGGCUUUCAUAAAGGUCUCCUUUGAAAUUUAGUCUGAAAUUCUGCAUUCUUUUAGUGUCCAAGCAACCAAUAUCUUUAUGUGAUUGGCUCCUACCACCCCUACCAACAAAGUCCUUUUUUGAGUUAAUUCAGUUAGAAAAAGAUGUUUCUAGAGGAUACUUUGUGAAUUUCCAGUGAG